AAUCAACAUUAAGAAAAACAAAAGGACAAUUAUUUCUCUUAUAUCACUCCGCCUUUGUCGGUGGUAACCAAUACACAUACACAGAUACACUCACUCCACUCUUACUGCCAUCACCACUUACUUCCAACUCUCUCUAAUGGCUACGUUUCUCUCUAGUUCCCUCCCUCUACAGUUCCUUCUCCUCUUCAUUCUCUCCGGUUCCAUCCUCCUAACUCAAUCCCUCUCCACCGAUCAAACCCUCAAAACCUUCAUCUUCCGUAUCGAUUCACAAUCCAAACCCUCCAUUUUCCCUACUCACUACCACUGGUACAGCUCCGAGUUCGCUACUCCACUCCAAAUACUCCACACAUACGACACCGUUUUCCAUGGCUUCUCCGCUAUUCUCUCUCCACAACAAGCAGCCUCUCUCAGCGACCACCCCGCCGUCCUCGCUGUCUUCGAAGACAAGCGGCGCGAACUCCACACCACGCGCUCACCUCAGUUCCUCGGACUCCGCAACCAACGCGGACUCUGGUCCGACUCCAACUACGGAUCCGACGUCAUCAUUGGCGUGUUUGAUACCGGUAUCUGGCCCGAACGACGUAGUUUUUCGGAUUUGAACAUCGGGCCCGUUCCUUCGAAAUGGAAAGGCGUGUGUCAAACGGGAGUCAAAUUUAGUCAGAAUAACUGUAACAAAAAAAUUAUCGGCGCCAGAUUUUUCUCUAAAGGCCACGAAGCGGCUGCGAGAUCGCCUGGUCCUAUAAGCGGAUCACUCAAUGACACGGUUGAGUUCAUGUCUCCGCGUGACGCGGAUGGCCAUGGUACCCACACCGCCUCAACUGCUGCCGGCCGUUACGCGUUCCGUGCCAGCAUGGCAGGCUAUGCUUCAGGAAUCGCUAAAGGCGUGGCGCCGAAAUCCAGACUGGCGGUUUACAAGGUUUGCUGGAAGAAUUCCGGAUGUUUCGAUUCCGAUAUCCUCGCCGCCUUUGACGCUGCUGUCAAUGACGGAGUUGACGUCAUAUCCAUAUCAAUUGGAGGCGGUGACGGAAUUUCAUCACCUUACUAUCUCGAUCCGAUUGCUAUCGGAUCGUACGGUGCCGUUUCGAGAGGCGUGUUCGUUUCGUCAUCAGCCGGUAACGACGGUCCUAACGGAAUGUCAGUGACCAAUCUUGCUCCGUGGGUCACCACCGUUGGAGCCGGCACUAUUGAUCGUAACUUCCCGGCGGAAGUGGUUCUCGGUGACGGUCGGAGACUCUCUGGAGUUUCACUGUACGCUGGUGCACCGUUAAGCGGUAAAAUGUAUCCGGUGGUUUAUCCUGGUAAAUCAGGGGUUUUAUCAACUUCUCUGUGCAUGGAAAAUUCGUUGGAUCCGAGUUUGGUGAAGGGUAAAAUCGUAAUUUGUGAUAGAGGAAGCAGUGCAAGAGUGGCUAAAGGUUUAGUUGUGAAGAAAGCCGGAGGUGUGGGCAUGAUUUUGGCUAAUGGAAUAUCAAACGGUGAAGGUUUAGUCGGUGAUGCUCAUCUUUUACCGACUUGCGCACUUGGUUCCGAUGAAGGUGACGCCGUUAAAGCCUAUGUUUCAUCCGGCGCUAAUCCGACGGCUACCCUAAAUUUCAAGGGUACGAUCCUUGGGAUCAAACCGGCUCCAGUGGUGGCUUCGUUUUCGGGCAGGGGACCCAACGGGUUAAACCCUGAGAUUCUUAAGCCGGAUUUGAUUGCUCCUGGUGUUAACAUUCUUGCAGCUUGGACUGAUGCUGUUGGUCCAACUGGAUUGGAUUCGGAUCCAAGGAAAACAGAAUUCAAUAUUUUGUCAGGAACUUCAAUGGCAUGUCCACAUGUAAGUGGCGCUGCGGGGUUGCUUAAAUCUGCUCAUCCGGAUUGGAGUCCGGCGAUGAUAAGGUCGGCUAUGAUGACUACUGCUAAUAUAAUUGAUAAUAGGAAUCAACCCAUGACUGAUGAGUCGACCGGAAAAGCUUCCACUCCUUAUGAUUUUGGUGCUGGUCAUGUUAGUCUUGAUCGAGCAAUGGAUCCAGGAUUGGUUUAUGAUAUAACUAACGAUGAUUAUGUCAACUUUUUGUGUGGAAUUGGUUACGGUCCAAAGAUAAUUCAGGUGAUCACAAGAACACCGGUUAAGUGUCCAGUGAGGAAGCCAUUGCCCGAAAAUCUCAACUAUCCUUCAAUUGCGGCAUUAUUCUCAACAGCUUCCAAAGGGGUUUCCAGGAAGAUGUUUAUCAGGACUGUGACCAAUGUGGGUCAGACGAACGCUGUUUACCGAGUGAAUAUUGAGAAUCCAGGAAAGGGGGUUACAGUGAGUGUAAAACCGGCCUCAUUGUCAUUCUCGGCUGGUGUCAAGAAGAGAAGCUUCGUGGUGACAGUAACCGCAGAUAGCAAGAACUUGGUGUUGGGUGAUUCUGGUGCUGUUUUUGGGGCAAUUUCAUGGUCGGAUGGGAAACAUGUUGUGAGGAGUCCUCUUGUGGUCACUCAGUUGGAACCAUUGUAAACUCGAAGCCGGAAUUGGAUCAUCUGCUCUUGAUCGAUGAAUAUGGCAAAAUGGUUAUAGAUAUUUAGCAGUAGAAUUUGCAACGCAUAUGAGUUAAAAUCUUUUAUGUGUGUAUGUGUUUUCAUCUUCUGCAGGAUCAUAGGAUUAGGGAGGGGCACCAACUUGGUUUUUGGGAGUGAAUUUAGUGUGUUAUUUGUUUUUUUUUUUUUUUUUUUCUUUUUUUCUUAUGUAAGAUCCCUUUUUAAGUUAUGUUAUAUGUAUAAACUGAACAAGUUUAUAUA